GAGGAAGAGAUGCGAGGAAUGACACCGGAAAUGCGAAUGCGACUGGAAAGAGAGCGUCGCGCAAGAGCGGCCGAAGAACGUAUUCGGCGGAUGCAAGGGAACUAGACAUUGUUGAAAGGCAUAUAUGUUGAGAUGACAAUGAGACACGAAUGAAUAGAAGUCAACACCAGACCAAAUGAUACCAUCCCGUUGUGUAAAUGCAUAUCGUUGAGGUUGAGCAUAAAGAUGGGCAGGAGCAGGUGACCGGCCCCGUCUGGCGGUGUUUCCUCGCUGCUCUUUCUUUGACUUGGCCCUGAUCUCCCUCUUACUUCCCCAUCACAAACAACCAUCAUUAUCUCCCUUCUAGCCUGUCGUUCCAUGUCAUAUUAUCUAUUAUACUAAAUCAUUGACACUUUUUAUCACUAUAAUCCAUCAUUCUACUACGCAAUGACCAGCCAUCCUCAAUUCCUUCUCCCUGAAGUAGGAGUCUCUGAAGUACCUCAUACCCCCUGCUAUGUCGGUACUAUAGCAGAGUGGAAUCCAGAAACCGAAACAUCCUCCCAUUCCUUCCCUAUGAACAGUAGCCAGGAGGUUUACGUUGGUCGUAACUUAUCAUCCCGCGACUACAACCUGGAAGACCGCUACGUUUCUAGGAGGCAACUUCGCAUAUAUACGAUCAUCUUCGACCGAGAUAACCCCCAGGAACUUGCACCCCUGGUCUACGCCCAGGAUCUGUCGAGAAACGGUACCCUUUGGAAUGGAUACUUCAUGGGAAAAGGGAAUGGCAGUUACCUGCUCAGCGAUGGUGACAUCUUACAUCUGCGCCCCGGAACUUCUCUCCGUUACACUUGCCGUGAUAAUCGGAACCAGGACCGCCUGGAUACCCUUCAGAGCAUGGAAUCAAGGGCUUUCGGGGACAAAUAUGUCAUCACGCAACGAAUACUAGGCUCUGGGGCGUAUGGAAAGGUGCGCAUGGCGUUUCGGAAAGAUACCGGUCAACAACUUGCUUGUAAGAUCAUUGAUCUCAGGGUAUUGAAAGAAAGAUUUAUCCGAGAAUUAGAGGAAGAGCCACGGUCUAGGUUCUUUGACUCCACCAAAAGGAGCAAGGUGGUGGCUGUUCGUCGACUAAGAACCCUCGAGGAGAAGCUGGCAGUUUAUGACCGGGAAGCUGAGAUAUUGGAGGGACUUUCUCAUCCAAAUAUCAUUGGCGUCGAAAGGGUCAUCAAGUCCAGUAAUACAAUUUACCUCUUCCAAGACCUGAUCACAGCAGGCGACCUGUUCUCCUUCAUCCAGUACAAGGGUGGGAGGCUUCCUGAUAUCGAAGUAGCCGUCAUCGUGCGCCAGAUUUCCAUGGCCUUGGACUACCUGCAUGACCGAGAUAUCGUCCACCGGGAUCUCAAACCCGAUAACAUUCUCAUGACAUCACUGGCCGAUGGGUGUAGAGUCGUUCUCACUGAUUUCGGAUGCGCUCGAUUUGUACGGCCUAGACUAGAGAGGAUGUCGACAAUCGUUGGCACGUUGGAUUACAGUGCCCCAGAAGUUCUCCACGAGACCGAUCAAGGCUAUACAAAAGCCGUUGACCUCUGGUCUUUAGGUUGUGUUACUUUUGUCCUUCUCACUGGUGACAUCCCGUUUAAAGAUGAUUUUACUGGGACUAGCCGUUUAGAAGUCGCCCAAACCACUGGUCUGGGGCAGCUGGAAGCCGAUUUUCAACGGAACCACACUGGGGAACGUGCGGCAGAUUUUGUCCGGCGACUGCUUGUCCUCAAUGAAAUGGAACGAAUGGAUGUAAAGCAAGCUCUUGGCCAUGACUGGUUCAGCAACCCAGCGCACAAGGCGGAAUUUGACGCUCUUUAUUUGCGGUCAAUUAAGAACUGGAAGCCUCGUGAGCGCAAUGGAGAAUUGACGAUUCAUUUGUCCGAUCUUAUAAAUGAAUCUGAGAGCUCCGCGGAAGCCCAAGGUUCUCAGUCACAAUUAUCAGAUGACACAAGGCGGGGGUGGAGUCCCCAAAGAAACCACACAUUCGAUUCUACCACCCUUUCGGACCCAGACCUCCCACCGCUUCGCAGGAUGAAAGAUCCACUGACCUUUGUCCGUGAAGGAAUAAGCAGUCAAUCUCAGACGAACUCUCCCAUUGACCCAAACUCAAGCUCUAGAAUAUCUACUUCUCCACAUCAAGAUACGCAAAGCUCUCAUGCGGAUGAUCGUCAAGAUGCAAAGGUGAUAAGAAGAAGAGUGACUUCCGAUUACCAGUAUUAUGAUGUUGCCAAAGCCCAGGUCUUAAAUAACAAAGGCUUAGAGGACCAACCGAGCCCUAUUCACGGGGAUGACGACGAUGGCGAGGUAUAUGAGGAAGUUAGCAACUGUAUUACCGGGAAGAAACCGCGUCUUGUCUAUGGGGCCAACGAGUAUCGAGAGGACAAGAAGUAAAUUUUGCGGAGAUCCUGGUUAAUGAUGGGCAAAUCGCUGGCUAAAUCAUUGUGUG